AUGCAGGAGAUGGGUACAGAGUCAAGGGGUGCACACAUUACCCCACCAAGAAUACAUCAAGAGGAGGGGGAAGGGUUGAUUAGUAGCUUGGCAAGCCAUAACUUCAUCUUGACCAAAUUGGUCGAGGAGCUAGGUCUGGAGAAGGAGGAAACUCCACCAUAUCGGGAAUUUCCUUCGUAUAUGCUCAUGGACACUAAUGACAUGUCAUACGGGACACUUUAUAAUAUGCAAGAAUUUCCUUCAUUAGGUGACCCUCAUAGUGAUAUGCGCUUGGACAUUGAUGGCAUGUCAUAUGAGGAGCUUCUUGAGUUAAGUGAAUGGAUCAAUGACAACUCGAAAAGGGGUUUGUCAGAAGACAUUAUUACAAAACAUAUGCAGACCAAAAGUUAUCUACUACCUGAGAACUUGGGGGAUCAAGAAUCUGAUAUUUGCAUAAUAUGUCAGGAUGAAUAUAAAAAUAAAGAGGAGAUUGGAAUUCUUCAGUGCGGACAUGAAUAUCAUGCAGAAUGUGUAAAGAGAUGGUUACAUGAGAAAAAUGUUUGUCCCAUAUGCAAAUCAAAAGGAUUGACUAUUGAAAAGACACGGAAAAUUAAAUCUACAUAA